GCCAGCCCCGCGGCACGGACCGGGAGGGGGCUCAGCGGGGCCCCCCCGGCCAUGGGCAGCCACGAGAAGGACCCGGCGUCGCCCAGGAGGGCCCUGUCGCGCUCCAACAGCACCGUGUCCUCCAAGCACAGCAGCGUCCAGCAGGGCUCGGAGAGCUGGGAGGUGGUGGAGGAGCCGCGUGGCCGGGGCAGCCCGUGCCGGGAGCCGCCGCGGCAGGAGGGCUUCCUGCUCAAGAAGAGGAAAUGGCCCCUCAAGGGCUGGCACAAGAGGUACUUUGUGCUGGAAAACGGCAUCCUGACGUAUGCCACCACACGCCAGGAUGUCCUCAAGGGCAAGCUGCACGGCGCCAUCGACGUCCGUCAGUCCGUCAUGUCCGUCAACAAGAAGGCGCAGCGGGUUGACCUGGACACGGAGGACAACAUCUACCACCUCAAGAUCAAGUCCCCGGAGCUCUUUGCCAGCUGGGUGAGCAGCCUCUGCUCUCAUCACCAGGGCGAGAGGCCGGAUCCCCUCGCCUGCCCCAGCGGGGGUCCCGCCGGGAGGACCCCCUCCGCUGCACAGGGCCCAUGGACACGGAUCCUGCCCUCGGGCAGUGCCCCCGCCCUGUCUGCCCUUGCCAGCUCCCGGGACAAGGUGGACGCGUGGCUGAAGGACAGCGAGGGGCUGGAGCGCUGCUCGGCCGAGCUGUCGGCAUGCCAGGAGCAGCUGCGGGAGCUGACGGGGAUGCUGCAGAGCCUCGAGUCCCUGCACCGCAUCCCCUCCGCGCCCCUCAUCUCCAGCGGCCAGCCCUCAGCCGCCGCGGAGAGGCCCAAGAAGGGCAGGAGGAGCACCAGGAUCUGGUGCACCCAGAGCUUCGCCAAGGACGACUCCAUCGGCAGGGUGGGCCGCCUGCACGGCUCCGUCCCCAACCUCUCGCGCUACCUGGAGCCCUGCCAGGGCCAGCUGCCCUUCAGCCUCCCGCCCGAGUACAGCCAGCUGCAGCGGAGCUUCUGGGUCCUGGCCCAGAAAGUGCACGGCUCGCUCAGCAGCGUGGUGGCGGCGCUGACGGCCGAGAGGGCUCGCCUGGAGGAGAUGCGGCAGGCGCUGGAUCGGCGGCGCUCAGCCCCCCUGGAGCCGCGGGACGGGCUGCGCCGCUUCCACUCCCUCUCUGUCUCCUCUGACACCACCCUGGACUCCUUCGCCUCGCUGCACCCCGACGAGCCCGACGCGCUGCCAGCCAAGGGCCGGGAGCAGCAGCGCUCGCAGCGCAGCAUCGCCUCGCUGGCCGACUCGCACACCGAGUUCUUCGACGCCUGUGAGGUUUUCCUCUCCGCCAGCUCCUCCGAGAACGAGGCCUCGGAUGACGAGUCCUGCAUCAGCGAGGCCACCAACAGCAUCUGCGAGGACCCGGCUGAGCCGGGGGGGCCCGGGCACCCCCAAACAGGAGCAGACAGCCCGGGGGGGCCGGCGGAGCUGCCCCCGCUGGAGCUGCCGGGGCCGGGCCCGCAGCGGCGCAGCCGCCUGCCCGCGCCCCCCGCACCGUCGGGGGACGUGAGCCUGUGGGGGCUGCUGCGGAGCAGCGUGGGGAAGGAUCUGUCCCGCGUGGCGCUGCCCGUGCAGCUCAACGAGCCGCUCAACACGCUGCAGCGCCUCUGCGAGGAGCUCGAGUACAGCGCCCUGCUCGACCGCGCCGCCCGCGCCCGCGACCCCCGGCAGCGCCUGGUCUUCGUGGCCGCCUUUGCCGUGUCCGCCUACGCCUCCACCUUCUACCGCGCGGGCAGCAAGCCCUUCAACCCGGUGCUGGGUGAGACCUACGAGUGCGUGCGGCCCGACCGCGGCUUCCGCUUCAUCAGCGAGCAGGUCUGCCACCACCCCCCCAUCUCCGCCUGCCACGCUGAGUCCGACAACUUCGUCUUCUGGCAAGACAUGAGGUGGAAGAACAAAUUCUGGGGCAAAUCCCUGGAGAUCGUCCCCAUGGGCACCGUGAACGUCCAGCUGCCCAGGUCCGGGGACCACUUCGAGUGGAACAAGGUGACCACCUGCAUCCACAACGUCCUCAGCGGCCCGCGCUGGAUCGAGCACUACGGGGAGGUGCUGAUCCGCAACACCCGCGACGCCUCCUACCACUGCAAGCUCACCUUCUGCAAGGCUCGGUACUGGGGCGCGGGGGCCAACGAGGUGCAGGGCGCGGUGCUGAGCCGCAGCGGCACCGUGGUGGAGCGCCUGGCCGGCAAGUGGCACGAGGGGCUCUUCCGCGGGCCCGCCCCAGGGCACUGCGUCUGGAGAGCCAACCCCAUGCCCCACGACCACGAGAGGAACUACGGCUUCACCCAGUUCGCCCUGGAGCUGAACGAGCUCACGCCCGAGCUGCGGCGCGUCCUGCCCUCCACCGACACCCGCCUGCGCCCCGACCAGCGGUACCUGGAGGAGGGCAACGUGCCGGCGGCGGAGACGCAGAAGCGCCAGAUCGAGCAGCUGCAGCGGGACCGGCGGCGGGUGAUGGAGGAGAACAACAUCACGCACCAGGCGCGCUUCUUCCGGCGGCUGACGGACGCCAACGGCAAGGAGUCGUGGGUCACCAACAACACCUACUGGAAGCUGCGCCUCGACCCCGGCUUCGCCCACCUGGACAGUGCGGUGCUCUGGUAG